GCGUCACUUUCUAAGCCGGCCAGCAGUGAGUCUCCACAUCUCAUUUCAUUCUCUGUCGCGCCUCAGCUUCUCCAAAAUGAACUUCAGAAGAUCCGCCGGGCCUUCUUCCUACGUCUCCAUGACCCGCUCAAAACCCCAGUACGCUGUCAGCGCUUAUGGUGGUGCUGAUGGAAAGGGCAUCCGCAUGUCCACUGCCUCUUCCCUGCGGUCUGGUGCCCCAAUGGUCUCCUCUUCCUCUGCCUUCAGGGUGAGCAGUGGAAUGGGUGGUGGUAUGAGCUCAGGUUUUGGUGGUGGCGCUGCAUCCAUGGCAAGUGGUGGUGGUGCCAGCGGUGGGAUCAUUGGCAACGAAAGGGGGGCCAUGCAGAACCUGAACGACCGCCUGGCCAACUACCUGACGACAGUGAGGAACCUGGAGCAGGCCAACGCAGAGCUGGAGAUGAAGAUCAGGGAGGCUCUGGAGAAGGGAGGGCCCGACAUGAGAGACUACAGCAAGUACGAACCCAUCAUCAACGAUCUGCGCAAACAGAUCUUUGAUAAGAUUGCGGACAACGCUCGUUUUGUGCUCCAGAUCGACAAUGCUCGUCUUGCUGCUGAUGACUUCAAAGUAAAGUUUGACAAUGAGAUGGCAAUCCGCCAGUCUGUGGAGGCCGACAUCGCUGGGCUGAAGAAAGUCAUCGAUGACACCAACAUGACCAGGAUGAACAUCGAGAGUGAGAUUGAAGCCGUGAAGGAGGAGCUCGCUUUCCUGAAGAAGAACCAUGAGAACGAGGUGAUGGAGCUGAGGAAUCAGAUCUCCCAGUCAGGCGUGCAAGUGGACGUUGACGCUCCCAAAGGACAGGACCUAUCACAGAUCAUGGCGGAAGUGAGGGGCAACUAUGAGAAGAUCGCCAUGAAGAACGCAGAAGACCUCAAACGGUGGCAUGAAAAUCAGAUUGCAGAUGUACAGGUGGAGGUAUCACAGAACACAGAAGCUCUCCAGGGAGCCCAGAUGGAGAAGAGCGACUCAUCAAGACAGAUUCAGACCCUCGAAAUCGAACUCGCAUCCCAACAGAGCUUAAAAGCCUCCUUAGAAGACACAUUACGCAACACAGAGCAUAAAAACAACAUGGAAAUGGAGAAGUACAACGCCCUUAUAAUGCGUCUGGAGGAGGAGCUUACCAACUUGCGAGGAAACAUCCAGCAACAGACCCAAGACUACGAGGCGCUGCUCAACAUGAAGAUGAAACUGGAGGCUGAAAUUGCCACUUACAAGAAUCUGCUGGAUGGUGAAGACUUCAAGCUCCAGGAUGCAGUAGACGAGCUGGCAGCCAUGAGCUAAUUUGGAACAAAGAAUCUGGGACCAUCCCAACAAUGGAAAAAGAAAAACCCACAACUAUCCAUGGAAAAAAACAUGCUGGUCCAGUUAACUAGAGCCAAUUGAGACCCAAGACCACAUGCUGUGUAAAUCAUAAAUGACUUAAACAAUUCUCAAUAAAAGCAUUCAACCACAUUGCAUUAAAACAGGCAAAACUUUUUGAAAAACAGCCAUUGCCUGACUUGGCAGCAAAAUAAAACUGAAUAAAACCACUUGUUGACCCAUA